AUGCUUUUUCGCAGUCUUCCGGGACUGAUCCCUCGCCGUCUCUUCUCUGUUUCUACUAGGAUGGCCUCCAAUACCCCGUUGGAGGAUGUCAUGCGCGACAAGAUCGCCCACGCAUUCACACCUUCGAAACUCGAGAUCCGAAAUGACUCUCACCUCCAUGCGCACCACGCUGCAAUGGAAGGGUCGGUGUCGAAGGAGACGCAUUUCCAUGUGACAAUUGUCUCCGACUCCUUCGAGUCGAAGAUGCAGCCCGCUCGCCACCGUAUGGUCUACGCAUUGCUCAAGGAAGAGAUGGCUCGUGAGGGGGGGACUGCAUGCAUUACAGUUGAAGACGAAGACACCGGCCGAGGAGCAGCGCGAGAAGGAGAGAAAGGAGAAGGAGAGGAAAGAGAAGAUGGAGAAGGCAUAAAUGCCGGAUUGAUUGGGCGUUCUGGUGCUCGUUAUUCUGAAAGA